ACGAAAGUGACUUAAAGCAAUAACCUUAAGUUUUUGUUUGCGAAAAUAAAUAUAUUUUGAAUAUAAGAAAUACAUACUUAGAUGAAAAUUAUAUUAUAAUUUAGUCAUAAUGAAUAGUCUUCAGCUCUUUGUCUGAGCGCCUGUUAACCCAAUACUUUUGAAAAUAUUUACCUAAAAUGUCGCCAAAGAAAACUGUUCAAAAACCUUCUUUAAAAAGGAAGAAUGCUGAGAAGCCGAUGCCGAAACAGACUAUUAGGAAAAGAACAUUGAAGUCAAAUCAGCCUGUAAACUUCAAAGUCAGCAUACCGCUUGCAGAAACUACAGAUGAUGGAGUGUUUGUACCAGUUGUGAAAGGCCGUCGUCCUCCACAAUUUAAGAAGAACUUAGACGUGAAUACUAAGGUUGAACUAGCUAAUUCAGUGGCUAGACAGCAGUUGGUAAAAAACGACGUAACUCAUCCUGUUUUUGAACCGGAUAAUGUAGUUUAUAUUCAAGCUCCUAAAAUAAGAAGAAGAACGUUCAAAAAUAAGGUUAUAUCAGAUUUCUUUGAAAAACGUAUUGUACUGGAAAAAAAAUCAGAAGACACUGUUACUUCUACAGCAACCAAAACACCAGUCCAAGAUGCAUCAAAAGUUAGUGAAAGACCGAGAAGAAUUGUUACCAGAAAAAGAUUAGCCGAUUCGACAGCACAGUUGGAUGCGAAGCAACCUAGGGAAGACACUGAUACAGAGAUGGCACCUUUAAAUGUCAACAUAAAAGUAGAAAAUAUUCAAGAGGAAGUAGAACCUAACAGUCACUUUGUUAUCCAACCAGCUGAUGAAGAACCACUGACUUCAGAGGGAAAGACAGGACCUGUAGCUCACAAUAAAAAAUGUCCAAUAAAGCGACCACGGCCCGCAUCUAAAAAACCGCCAGCAACAAAACGCUCAGUAGGCCGUAAGAAGCAAACGCCCCAAGGUAAGCAAGAAACUGUAACAGUUGAUAGUAAUCCUUCAAUAGUCGACCAACUGAGAAAGCCUAAAAAACCUAAUGUUGAAAUCAAAAUAGGACCAAAACCAGACGCAUCGGCACGAGUCAAUUCUAAUAGGUCUUCUGUUAGUAGUAAUUCGAAUUGGUCAUGUACCACAACCUGCGUUACUGUGUCACCCACUGACUUUGUCCAUUUGAAUAAAAAGGUUCCUGUUCUUGUACUGACCAAUAUUGAUAACGAAGUGAAGAAACGUCAAAUAGAUGCCCAAAAAAAUACUGUAUCUAAUGAUGCCCGGGAAGUUGAAGAGUCUUCAGACUCAACUGAUUCUGAAUCACAGUCAUCUGAUUCUGAAGACAGUGAUGACAUGUCGGAGCAAGAACUUAUCAAUAGAAACUCCUUAGAUCUUAGUGAUUCUCCAGAAUUUGUUAAGGCAAUUGACAAACUUAUUGCGUUAAUAAAGAAGUUAGACAUGGAAAUGAUAAAUUGGAUCAACUCGCACAAUGGCGACGUUAACUUCAACUUCGUUAAGAGGAAUGGUGCAGAGUUCGAUUUCUUAAAUGACGAAUUAGAAAUGAUAUCUGUCUGUCAAGAUAUGAACGCGGUAAUCAAUUCAGCUAAAGUCGAUGAUGAUGAAUCUCGUGUUGUUGCAACGGUUUCGGAUAAAGAAAACAAUACAACGGAUAAUAAUGAAAUAGUUACAAAAGAUACUAACACAGUAACAAAUAAAGAUAAUGACGCCCCAGUUAAAGAAAUUACUCAAGAAGAACAACCGGAACCGGAAUUUGUGAAACCCCAACCAGUUAGGAGAUUAUCUAGCAGUUCUAAAGCUUCAAAUACGAGCACUAGAGCUUCCAGAGACGAUGAUAGUUCCGAUAACGAGCCCGCAGACGGUGGCGGCAACUCAUAUUAUGAUCACCACGAUGACGACGACGCCCUUUCUCUCUUCGCUGAAAGUAUCUCCGGCUUCGAAUCUAUUCGUCCGUCCGUAGUUUCGGCCCCAGUUUCACGCCCGGUCGAAGAGUACGUUCCAAGGCCGGUGAACAAAAAUAUCGUGUUGAACAUAGAGAAACCCGUCUACUGUCCAACGAAAAUAAGAGAAACUUCAGAAACUGUAACAUCUAAAACCAUUUGCGAGAAACAAAACGCUGAUUCAACUUCCAUUUAUAAGCAAAGUAACAGUACCGAUGGUGCCGAGAGUGACCAAGACUUUGCUGAAAAUAUUGAUUUAGAUACAAGACCAGUUGCUCCAGAUAUGAUGAGAACACCGCGUCUAAUGGAAUCAUUCUUUGAAGGCAUGCCUAAAGCCCGAAGCGUCGUGUUUGGCAACGUAUGUUUUUACAACUUGCUGAACGCUUGCCGUAAAGUAUUCUAUGGACAGUGUAUGUUUAUGCAUAUGAUACCCAGCUGUGAACAAAUUAAAGCUAAGUUAACGUUACUGGACGAAAUGAUGUUAAUAAAGGAGUAUUUGUUGGUGAGGAACUGGGUGGAACUUAGGAGAAGGUACGGCAUGUGUUUCGUAGAGGAGUGUGCGCGACGAGGCCUCACUAGGAUACUCGUAGAAAUGGCUUACGAUUUCAUCGUGAAAGCGAGGUGCGAUUCUGAAGAAGAUACGCGAUUGAGAGUCAAUACGAUAGAGAUUACUCUGCUGCACUUGAACAAUGUGGACCUGAGUAUUUGUGAAGAUCUGUUGAAACUAGUGGUAGCUUCUGAUAAGACGAACAGGACGCUACUGUGUGACGUUUUCAUGGCAACCAUGUCUAUAACGCAGAACUUUUCAAGGUUCAAAAUAGUGUUUUUAAAUCUCAUCUACUUCAUGGUGAACAACGACAGGACUUUCAACAAGGACGUUGUCGAACAUAUUUUGGAGCGAGUGUGUAUAUUGGCGUUUGAGGAGUCGAUAGCGCGGGCCCUCAUACAAAUGAUGCGGCUCACGAACGCUGAUAUAUUCAACAAUUCGAUGAUCAGACUCUUUGAGAAGCAGAUAUCAGUGAACAAGGAUGUUUAUGAGGAGUAUACCUUGUUGAAGAAUCGGUGCGCGUUUACAGCGAUGCUCGCUUCGUCGGUAGUGGAAAGCCCUUCUUUGCUAGAGGAUCUGGCGCUAUCGGGGCGGUCUGACAGGGGUGAUGAUAUGUUAGCCCAUACCGAUAGAGGCGAUGGGCAAGUGUCAGCACUCGAUAAGAGUGAUGAUCAAAGGGCGACACGGGUCGAGAGGGGUGACGGACAGUUUGUGGCGCCGUCUGAUUUGGGUGAUGGACCGCCAUCAGUUCAGUCCGACAAUAGUGACGGACAGCCGCCGGCGCCGUCGCCAGACACCACCAAUUUGGAUAAGAUGAACAAAUCACUCGACGAGCCUGCAGCGCCUAUAAUAACUAGAACUAUAGGGAUGAACCCCCCAAUCGUGUUUAGCCGAGUGUCUACGAGUCCAGGGACCUCGCAAGUUCAUGAGGCCUCUGACUCCACGCACGAGAGCCCCUCAAGAUCGCAUAUGUUCACCAGUGACGACACAGUGGCAGUUAACUACGGGACGUGGAGGAACCGGUCCAUAUUCCCCCGACUGCCACUUCCUAGGGUAGAUCAGCCCGUGAUGCGAGCCCCCUCUUGGACCCCUAUGAGGCCUCGUAUGAGACUACCUUUCAGGAGGCCCUUUAAUCAACGCCUGGUGACUUUCAGGACCCCUUCUAACUGCGUUCGGCGGCCGGGGCCAAAAUACUGAAGAUCUUCAAGAAUUUAAGUAAGUUAGUAAGAGGCUUUCACCAAACUAUGAUUAUUCAUUUAUUUAACUGAAUUUCGGUUUCGUCUGCGUACCGAGGGAACUUACUGCACCACUUCAAUAUUUCUAUGGUUCUGCGGGAUUGUCCGAAAGAGUUACCGCGGCUCUGGCACAAAAAUAACUUCAGAAGAAACAUGGUAAGUUUUUACGUGGAAAACCAUCAAGUAAACAGUGAUGGUUUUCCAAGUAAAAAAGGUGCUACCUAUAUAUGUGCAAAAUUUCAUCUCAAUCGCUUCAGCCGUUUUAUCGUGAAAGCGUAACAAACAACUUUUCUAAUGGGCAACAGUAAUUAAAUGUUGGUGAAAGACUUUUAAAUUAAACUAGUUAGUAAUUGUAAAAAUACCUUCAAUGUUAUAAUUGUCGGUAAAAAGUUUAGCUUUACCUUAGUGGUAUUAUAACUUUAUUAUAGUUGACCUAUAUUACAUAGUUGUAAAAAAUCGGGUCAGUGGCUAAGGUCCCCAAUUGCCGAAGCACUCGUGGCCAUCGCCCCCGAGUAUGCUUUUAGUUCACCGAAUUGGGGGCGUCGGCCACAGCUGCUUCGACCACUGGGGGCUUAAGCCAAACUGACCCAAAAAAAAAUCUCAGUCUCCUUAUUAUGUAUGUUUCAAACAUUUUCUGCAGUUGAACAACGCAUUAAAGUUUAAAUAUUGAAGGUGUUGCUCAACUUCAGAAUUUAAAAAGAAUUGUUGAUAUUGUAAAGAUUAUUAACAAGGCCUUUUGGACUUGUGUGACUGUUCAAAUGUUGACAGCUCACAUCCAAAACUCAUAAGCUUAUUUAAUUUUCUGUGAAGUGAAAUAUCCGUCCGUAUUUUACACCAUAGACUGUAGUAGGUAGGUAGGCAAGUCGGCAGGAUUCAUAGUACUUUUGUCUCUAAAUAUACUUUUAUUAACACUAAACUAUUUCAAUUGGUCGCACGCAAUCAUCAAAGUACGGACCGGUAUUGACACUAAGACCCGGUUGUACCAUUUAACUAUAAGAGCCCUGCCUCAUUAGGACGCCAAUGGCGACGUCGCCGGCUACGUAUCCAAGCAGUUAGUAUUGAAAUGUAUGGAACCUAACUCACUUGGCGACGGUUUGGCAACGUCGCCAAAUUGGAGGCGUGGCCACGAGCUACAGCUCCCUACGUGGCUUCUGGCUACCGUGGCAGCUUGGCGACGUGGCCACAGUUGCCAGUAUAAUGAACACGGUAAAGCGCACCUCCCUCACACAGUCGCCAAUGUGGUCGCCAGUCAGCGUGCAAUUUCUUCAGCGACGACGUAAAGAAUUGACUGUCGAGACGCCCCAUGGCCACUCGACUUGGCGACAUUUGGAUGCCAGAAGUAGCCAGACCUGUGCCGCUGGCGACGUCGCCAUGGCGUCCCAGUGAGGUAGAGCUCUAACGAUAACCAAACCAUAACCAACCGUAUACUCGCCACCCAUUGGUCAAAUCGACAAUGGGCGGCAAUGACAUCGGCGGUUUGACCAAUGAGCGACAAAUGAUUUCAACUGUAAAUGGUUCGGUUAACGUUAUAGUUACGUACAUGAAUAUAUUACGCUCAAAAUAUUACGAUUAGGUAUGUCUGCUACUAAAAAAAGCUUCAGAAAGCAAAUGCGUACGUAAAACUGGUAUAAUAUAAUAAAUUAUAUUUCGUUUGACAAAUAAAUAUACAGUAAUUUCAAUUUCAAUUCAGAACUACUAUUUAAUGCAAAUUUCGAAUAAGACAAAAAUAAAAGUAUCUGUAUAUUAAAUAGAUUUCAUUUCGUUUGACAUAUUCAUUCAAUCAAUUGCUUAUUAGCAAAAAUUCUGUCAUUUAAAAUCAUAAUGCAUAAAAUAGACAUGUCUGUCUCGGAACGUAAUAUGCUUUUAGAGUACCUAUUAUUUUAAUACCUAUGAUAUGGAGCUUUCCAAUUUUAUCUAAAUAGUGACUCCGUAAGUUUUGCAAAGGUGCCUACGUAUCUAAAUCUUUCUCUAAAUCAAUCCUAUCCCAUCCCUUGUUGAAACAGCAUGAAAAUCCAAUCAGUAGUUUGGGAGAUUAUUGCGUACAGAUAGGCGCAGUUUAGGUCUGUUUUAAUUCGUUAGACUCUUAGAAAAGCUAGCCAGUUAGUAAUUAGUUUUCACAAUCAAUUUUCUUGAUUCUUUAUUGAAGUCUUAAAAAAACAAUUACCUCGUUAUUUUUAACAAAUUUCGGAAUAUGUACAAGCAAAGAUCGAUCUUAGUUAUAAAAUGGUGCUGUAGUAAAAGGCAAUAGCAUUGCAUAAGAAACAAUAAUUUUUUCAACUGGAUCUUGAGGGAUCUGCGUUGUGUACUUUCAUCAUUUAGGUAUAUUUAACUUAUGACGAAUAUUUACUCCAUAGGUAAUUAUGAUAGGCUUAGAUACUGUUUUUUUUUUCAUUUACCAUUAUACGAUGUGCCCACCUAAUCGUUUAUUUCUUGUUUUGUAAAUAAUCAUAGAUUUUGUUUUGAUAGAUCGGCGAUGCGUGAUAGAUAUUGAACUUUAUGUGGUAGGUAUAAGUCCAAAAACCGGACAUUCUUUUAGACUGUAGCGGUUACAAACGCAAAUGUUAAACAAAAAACCCUAUAUAUUGGAAAAUGUUUUUGACGUUCUAUGAUCAAACUGAAAAAAAAUAUAAACUUAAUUAAAAACCUAUUUUUAAAUUGAGGACAGCAGAACAUAUUCAUAAAGUCAGCUCAAUAAUUGACGUAUUUCAUUUUUGGCUUCACAAAAAAUCACUAUUGUCGAUUUAUCUUCUAUUUUGUGUCUAUGUAAAUAAUAAUAUAAGAACGUAUAGAGGUAUUAUAUAAUAAAAACAAGCGAGUUUGCUACCAUGUGAUAAAUGGGUUAUUAUUGUUUUGUUUGUUGUAAUCAGAAAAUAUUAUGUUUAAUUCAUAUAGGUAAUAAAUAAGUUGCACAAUUGUUGACUAAAAAACUACAUCGUAAGUAGUUAAAUAACUUUGUAAACUAUGUAAAUAUGUAGUUUUACUUUGAUACCCAGUUGCACAUUUAACUAUAACGAUAACCAAACCAUAACCAGCCGUUUACUUGUCGCUCAUUGGUCAAUUCGGCGAUUUGACAACUGAAAGUGGUUCGGUUAUCGUUAAAGUUAAAUGGUGCAACUGAUCGUAAGAUUUUUAUGUUUUGGCUAUGUAGAAAGAAAAAUUUACAAAUUGUUGAAUCAAAGUUAAUUAAUGGCCGUUUUUUCAAUCAUCAGUUAACUUCUAUCUGAGACUUGUUUUCUUGACAUACAUAUUCUUCAAUUAAAAGUUAUCUAGCGAUUGUAAAAGCCUUAAUAGUACAAAUCCUAAUUAGUCGCUGUAAACUGUAAAUUCAUAUUUGAAUAGAAUUUUUGAAGAUAAAAGAAGACAUAAAAAAUAUUUUUCGUCCGAACCUAUGAGUUCAACUAAAAAUAUAUCUAUACUAAUAUUAUAAAGAGGAAAACUUUGUUUGUUUGUUUGGUUGUAAUGAAUAGGCUUAAAAACUACUGGACCGUUUUUAAAAAUUCCUUCACCAUUCGAAAGCUUCAUUAUCCACGAGUAACAUAGGCUAUAUUUUAUCCCGGUACGGGCAGUAGUUACCACGGGACGCGGGUGAAACCGCGGGAAAACGGCUAGUAAAUUGAUAAAGAAAUUCAAGUUCUUAUAAAAGGCAACUUUAGUGUCCACUCUGAUUAAAAAUAAAACUCUAUUUUAAUUUUUAACUGAUGUUCCUAAACGGAGUAUGUUUCCAAUAGUUUUUUUUGUGUCAUAGAUCUUGUAAAGUAUAUUUUUGUAAGUUCAGUCUAAUAUUAGACAUAUCUUGAUUAAGCUAUGACAUAAAUACCUACAUGUUGACUUGAUUGUUAAUCAAUGUAUCUUAUAAUAUGAGAAGUACACUAUCCUGUAUAGUUUAGUAUUACGAUAGCUAUCUGAUUGUUAUAAGUUUGAGCUGUGAAGAUAUUUUUAUAAUUAAAAAAUAAUAAUAA